UUCUCUCCCUUUCCACCCCCCCCCCUCCCUCACACACACACACACACUCAGCCGUACACAUGCUCAGACACGCACACACACUGACUGCCUGAUGCUCUACGGACUCCGAGAGUCGCACAAGCUCUGCACGGAGCUCCGACCCACACAUGCUCGACCUGCUACCUGCCGACUCCGUCACAGCGUAGGAAAACAAUCACACAGGCGCGCGCCAUGGAUUCACUGGCAAACGACACGGAUGGGCUUGAGAAUAAUUCCCUGAAGUACGGAAGGAGCGAGCAGACAGAGAGAAUGUGGCUCCGGCUGAAGGGAAUGCAGAAGUACAAAAACACCUCUCAGAGGCUGAGAUGUCUAGUGAAGCAGUUGGAUAAGGGGGAGGUGAAUGUGGUGGAUCUCAGGAAGAACAUUGAAUAUGCCGCCUCAGUGCUGGAAGCGGUUUACAUCGAUGAAACACGGCGGCUGCUGGACACAGAGGAUGAGCUCAGUGAUAUCCAGGCGGACUCUGUGCCCAUGGAGGUGCGUGACUGGCUGGCCUCCACCUUCACCAGAAAGAUGGGCGUGGUGCGGCGGCGGCCGGAAGAGAAACCACGGUUCCGCAGCAUCGUCCACGCCGUGCAGGCGGGAAUUUUCGUGGAGAGGAUGUACAGAAGGACGUCUAACAUGGCCGGGCUGACGUAUCCUCCAGCUGUGAUUCUUGCUCUGAAGGAUGUUGAUAAAUGGUCUUUCGACGUGUUCACGCUUCACGAGGCCAGCAGUGAGCACGCUCUGAAGUUCCUGGUGUACGAGCUGCUCACCAGAUACGACCUGAUCAAUCGCUUCAGGAUACCCGUGUCUUCUCUGGUGGCAUUUGUGGAGGCUCUGGAAGUGGGCUACAGCAAGCACAAGAACCCCUACCAUAACCUGAUUCAUGCUGCUGACGUCACCCAGACCGCACACUAUCUGAUGCUCCACACUGGCAUUAUGCACUGGCUCACCGAACUGGAAAUAUUGGCCAUGGUGUUUGCUGCUGCUAUCCAUGACUUUGAACACACUGGGACGACCAACAACUUCCACAUCCAGACCAGGUCAGAGGUGGCCAUCCUCUACAAUGACCGAUCAGUUCUGGAGAACCAUCACGUGAGCGCCGCCUACAGGCUAAUGCAGGAGGACGAGAUGAACAUCCUGGUCAAUCUUUCCAAAGAUGACUGGAGAGAACUGCGCACUCUGGUGAUAGAGAUGGUCAUGAGUACCGAUAUGUCCUGCCACUUCCAGCAGAUUAAAACCAUGAGGAACUCUCUGCAGCAGCCCGAGGGGAUAGAUAAAGCUAAAGCUCUGUCUCUGAUGCUGCAUGCGGCUGAUAUUAGCCACCCAGCUAAACGCUGGAACCUCCACUACCGCUGGACACAGGCUCUGAUGGAGGAGUUCUUCAGACAGGGUGAUAAAGAGGCAGAGCUAGGGCUGCCGUUUUCUCCACUGUGUGACCGAAAGGCCACUAUGAUCGCACAGUCUCAGAUCGGCUUCAUUGACUUCAUUGUGGAGCCCACGUUCUCUGUCCUUGUGGACACCACAGAGAAGAUAAUCACUCCUCUCAUAGAGGAAGCUUUAAAAUCGGGUGGCUCUGGCGUCCGCAGGUCAAGUCUGACAGGCCGUGGUUCCACUGCCGUGGUCGAGUCGGUUCAGAGACACAGCGAGAGAGACUGCGGCACCGACUACUCCCUCGCCGGCAUCGACCUCAAACGUGUCCGGCACUCCCUCGCAGAGGUCAUCCAGAGCAACAAGGAGCGCUGGAAGGAGCUGUCUGUCCAAGAAUUGGCCAGUAAGGAACGUGAGCAGCGAUCGGAACGUGAGGAAUUGUCCCGGAAAGCCGAAGUCAUGCUGACCCACAGCAGCCCAGCCCGAGCGAGUCACGAUUCAGAGUCAAAGUCCCUGAACGAACUGAACAACACGCACUCGCCACACUCCUCUCUGGACUCACUAGAGCACAGCUCCAGGUCUCCCGGCGACGAUCCGGGCGACAGUUCGCCUGAGGCCAGCCCAGAAGCCCAGCAGCCUCUACCGUAGAAUGGAAAAACAGCUUGAAGUCAGUUGUGGCGCAGCCGGGCGUCUUACACUGUGUGCAUGUACUGUGGGGCGAUCGCAGGCCAGUAUGGGUGAUGUACAUAGCACUGUGCCCAUUGUAUCGUAAUGCUACUGUAUCCUCGGAACUCUGCAGGGUGAGUCGUCACGGUGACCGAGGUCUUUUUUUUCAUGCAUCCAUGACAGCGGGCGUCGUCAUAGAGACGGCAGAAUGCCACGUCGUCAUGGCAACUUCGCUUUUGCAGGAGAUGGAGCUCUGCUGGCCCUCGUGCAGAGGAAUCCCAAGCCGAGCGUCCAGAAACGCACCGCCGCCUCUUACCCAUAACCUUUCUUCUUUUUUUUUCUCUCUCGUUUGAUUUCUCUAUUUUUGUAAUUUGGCUUUUCUUUUCUUUUUUUCUUCUACUUUUUUUCAGUCAUUUGUAAUGGUUAUUUAUUAAAGAUUGUUCUGCUCCUCUUUAAACCACAA